UGUUUCCUCCAUAUUUCUGCGAAUGAUUCUUGUUUGGACGACAUUUAAGACAGAGGGGGGUUGUUUAUAGAUUGAUAUGGCGAAAGUCCAAGUUACAAAUGUCACAGUUUUGGACAAUCCUGCGAACUUUCUGAACCCUUUUCAAUUUGAGAUCACAUUUGAAUGUGCAGAAAAUUUGACGGAAGAUCUUGAAUGGAAGAUCAUCUAUGUAGGCUCUGCAGAAACAGAGGAUUAUGACCAGACGCUGGACUCUGUUCUGGUAGGCCCAGUCUCACAGGGCAGACACAUGUUCGUCUUUCAGGCUGAGCCACCCAAACCCGCCCUGAUUCCCCAGGGGGACAUCUUGGGGGUGACAGUCGUCCUCAUCACAUGUUCCUACAGAAGUCAGGAGUUCAUCCGAGUGGGUUACUACGUCAACAACGAGUACUCCGACCCGGAGCUCAUUGAAUGCAACGAAUCGGAGAAGCAACCUACCGUCCCUCAGUUUGAUAAGGUCAUGAGAAACAUUCUCCACUCCAAGCCCCGCGUGACCCGUUUCACGAUAGACUGGGACGACCCACCCCUCGUCGACUCAGAGAACAUCGCCCCCACGGCGCCCAACAUCCAGCAGGAACAGUCGACGUCGUUAUCGAACGGCGCCAAAGACCACAUGAUGAAGGCCGGGGAGUACGUUGCCGGGCCAAACAACACGGACAGCAACAGCAGCAUUCCCGAUUACGUCCAAGACAUGGAGUGUCAUUGAGAUACGUGCAAAACUAGCUCAGUUAAUUGCGAAACGAACCAGAAACUUUUUUGGCAUGGAACAUUUUCAUUUUCAUGCCGGUUCACGAGUGAAUGAUGCCAAUGAUUUUUGCUAUCCAGGUGAAUUCACGGGUAUCGUUCACUCGUGAAUUGGCGUGAAACAUUUGCGCAUUGUUAUUCGGGACAAGCAACAUGCGUCAAUUGCUGAAUUGUGUUGUUAGUCAUUCUUCUUGCAGCUUGCAUGACCUUUCCAGCAAUCUAGACAUUUCGUGAAAAUUUACAAAAGUUUCUGGUUUUUAAAGUAUUAAUAUUUUGUAAGACCUUUGUGUGUGGCCAUGGUGUAAGAAUGCUUACAUUACACUGUUGUGAAGGACUUUGCAUGUUACUUUCACCGAUGCCAUUUAUCUAUAGGUGCCAAGAAGCAUAUUAUGCAAAUAUCUAGCACUCAAAAUCCUUGUGAUUGUAUUUAUUGGAUACAGAAUUGUCCAUUUUUCGGACUGGUGGGUAUGGUUUUCUAACUUUUCAUUUGUUGUUUCUCAUCACAUUAAUUAAACGUCCUUUGGCAUGACAUUAAUCCUUUUUUUGCCACUCUCCACUCAGGUGUUAAAUGUACCCGGUAGGAUGCAAAAGUCAUUGUUUUUUAGCUCAGAAUUACGAGCGUCUGUUUAUAAAUGGCGCCUGGCUAGAAUGCCUGAAUCCGAUGACUGAGAUAAUAUAUAUCUUAAAAGCACUUAAGUAGAGACACCAAUGAUGUAUUAAGCGCUAUAUAAACCUAGAAUAUAAUUAUUAUUAUAAUUAUUAUCUCAUCAUUUUGGCUUCCAAGAAAUAUGCUCAGGGUUAACGUGGCACACCCAUGGGGCAUUUGUGUAGUGCACUGUUUUACUCCCAUUUCCAACAUGAUUGGGACCUAUGUGGGACCAUACGACUCCAUGUUCAGCUUAUGGAAUAGGUAUUUAUUGUAAACGCAUUCUAUGAUGUGUUUGCCUGUAAAGAUCUUAUAAAUUUACCCGUCCAUGCACUUCUGUGAUGAUGUUAUGGCUCGUUCAGAGUGACAGAGGAAAUCAGCAUAUUAUUUUUAAAACGUCAUAUAUAUAUAUAUAUAUAUGUGUAUGUGUAAUUGCGCACAACAUGUAUGAGACAAAGGUCCUGUGGAUACUCAUUCUCUGCGUUUCAAGCUACAGUAACGUGAAACGUCUUCUUUUAUGUCACUAGAAAAAGGGUCCGGUUUUCUGCGUCGCGUGACUAAAUCUGGAAUAGAGGAGCAAAUGUCUAUGAAGUAUGACGUGCACCUUCUCCUUGAAGUUGCAAAUUUCAGGUGACAAAAAUAAUUUUCAUGGCACAGAACAUGUAGAAAAUCAAUGGCAUAAAGCCAAAAAAAAGUUCAUGUUUAUGGCUUAAUAUUUGAGUUCAUUCUGUUGAAAAAGUAGCAAAAAGAAAAAAGAAAGAAAGAAAAGCAUGAAAUAGUGCAUUUAUUGUUUGUGUAAUUGUGCAGUGAGUCUAGUCUUGUUUCAGUUUUCAGUGUUUUAUAUCAAAUAUGUUUCAGCGGACAAAGUUCAUUAAAACAUGGUGCCCUAUGAAUAUACAUGCAGUGAAUUCAUCCCACAUGUAUGUAUUGAAGAUAAUUUUUUCUUUCUUUAUUUUAAACAUGAAAUCAUGGGAGUGAUUGCUUUCAUAACCCGGUAUGACAUUUCGAGAUAUCUGUAAUAUUGAACAACUACGACAAGUACCAGUACAGAGCAUGUUAAUAUUGAAUUUAAUUUAAGACUGUAUGUUGUAUUUUCAAAUGCUGCAAAUUAACAGACUGAAUUUCACAAUAGUUUUGAUCAAGAUACAUGUAUAAGGCAAUUGAAGUACAUGUGGUACAUAGAAAAUGCUGGUUGUACAGUAUGUAACUUGGACAAGUCGGACAGAAUUAGUGAUUUAUUUGUUUGUCCUUCACAACUGUUGGAAUGAAAUUUGUAAUAAAUAUAUGUCGUUAUCCUCCCAAAUUAACCAUAAUGGCAUGAUUGGCAUCAAUUGAAAAGAAAUAUUUGAAUGGUAUCAAGUUCUCAUACAGAACCAGUAUUGAUAAUGAUAACCACAACUUUUUCAGAUAACAUUGCAAUACUGUAGGUAAUGUUUUACCAUCAAAUUGGGUUUUGUGAUAUUCAACAUUACAACACAGGAGUAAACUUAAUUUGGAAGUAGAAAGUGUAUAAAUGUCCAGAUGGUAUUGUAAAGAAAACUUUUGUGAAAGUGCAUGCACUUCCCUCCCUGCCACUGUUUUGUAUUGUAAGACAUUCUGAACUUAUUGCAUGCUGGGACCCCCUGCAAACCUAAUCUUAGAAGAAAUCGCAAUGGUGCUGGUCUGCAAAAUGAAACCUGGGAACUGUCUAAUAGCACAGAAGUUCCCAUCGAUCAUUGUAAAUUUUAUAUUUUUCUGUGAGGAGCCAGAAGGGCUAUAACUCAGUGUAAAACGCCCUUCUGGUUCCGAAAAUACAAUGUGUAGGACAUCAUAAUACAUGUACAUGUGAAUGCUAAAGAGAUUGAAGUCUCAUUCGAUUUGGAACAUUGUUGGACUGAGCUCUGUACAUGGUCUUUCUUCGCUCUGAUCGAAUGUGAAGUACAUGCAUUUGCUUGUGUAUUCUAAUUCUAUAAGCCAGUCGGACUUCAGAUUGUAUGCUGACGGAUGGUUUAUAUUCUGCACCUCGAGUCCUAUGCAAAACCUUGGUAGUAUCACUUCAUAUUAACUACGUGUAUGCAUGAUAGUUAGAUAUUUGGGGGGAUGUUUACGGUAUGAUCUUUGAAAUUUCUCAAACUUGGAACUUAAAAAAGGGCAAUCCUUGAAAGAGCGAGAGAAAUAUCACAAAAACAUGUGAAUGCGUGUGUAGUGAUUUUGCAAAAUUUGGGUGCUUAAAAAAAAAUAUGCAUUACCUAAACUCAAAACCAUGUUUUAUUCAAAUCCCAUAUUGUACCUGAUUUUAUGGAAAAGGGGUCAUAUUAUGUGGAUAUUUUCUUAAAAGUAUGUAAAAAAGGGGUCAUUUUUUACUUGGCUAGUGAUCAUGCAUUACUCCUUUGAAUAUGAAGCGACCGCACAGGGUGCAUAAAGCAGUCAACUUGAUGAGGAGAAUUUAAUUGUUCCAUUACCAAACCCUUCGGCAUGUACCAUUGCUAUUUUAUUCUCAAAAAGAACAUUUCAUGGGUCAAAAGUAUUGCAUUUGAAGGCCAAAGAGAGUGAGCUAUUAUUAAUUAUGAGAACACUAUAGUUUUCUGUACAUACUGUAAAUCAUUUCUUUUUGUACAUGUUAAUAAAGAUCAAUAAAAUGUGGUCAAAGAAGAAA